UAGCUAUCGACCGUUUGACAUCUCUAAAUCAUGGCCGUGCAAAAACCUGUUCCCGCUAAAUACCGUCGUCAAACCCCACCACCGCCGCAAUCCACAAGCUUCAACCGAAAUUCCAUGACAAAGCGUGGGGCAAUAAAAACAAACAGAUUUCUUGGCGGCCACUUGAACAACUGUAAAAGUGGGCCGCCAGCGAAGAAGCAGCAACAACAACACAACACCUGCGGCAGCGCUGCGACGCAACCAAAACGAGAGUCGAGACGUCGAGUCGGUCGGAGAUUUCACUUUUCGAUGCUCGGAGCGAGCGAGCGGUUCAACGGUGCGCAGCCAACGAUUAUUUCUGUUAAUUGAGACUGAAAGCCAGCUAGCCUAGAGGAGCACUUUGUACCUGACCCCACCAACCGAAGUGGACAAACUCCAGAAACCACCCGAAAACGAGAUGUACCGCGCCAGUGGACGGAUUAUGCAACAGCUGCGCCACAGGAUGCCAGCGCCAGAGGGUCGUCUGGCUGUUUGCCUGGCUGCGCCUGCGCUGAAAACUUUCACUCUACCACAGCAGCAGCAGCAGCAGAGGCACGAACAGGUGCGCUGGACUGCAACGUCAACGGUGAGCAGCAAACAGCAAACGGUGACGACACCGCCGCCCAGACACGACUGGAAUCGUGCCGUCAGCGAGGCGGAGCGAAUUGUCGGCUAUCCGACGUCGUUCCUGAGCCUGCGGUGGCUCCUCAGCGAUGAGAUCGCCAAUGUGGCGCUGCAUCUGCGCAAACUGGUGGGCAGUGCCCAUCCCCUGAUGAAGACGGCCAAACAUCUGCUCUACAAUGGCAAGAACACGAUGCAGGCCUGGGGACUGAUUGUGCUGCUGGUGUCCAAGGCAGCCGGACAUGCGCCCAGUGUGCCCGAUGUGGAGCAGGACAAGAGUGCCGGUGUCCUGCACUCUCAGCGCGCCCUGGCCGAGGUCACCGAGAUGAUACGCAUCUCCCAUCUGGUGCACAAUAGCGUGGUGAACCUGCAGUCCAGCACGGAGGCUGGCAAGGAUGCGGCUACCUACGACGACAUGUCCUUCGGCAACAAGAUCGGCCUGCUCACCGGCGACUAUCUGCUGGGACACUCGAGCGCGGAGCUGGCCAAUUUGCGCAACCAGGAGGUGGUGGAGCUCAUCUCCUCGGCCGUGCGUGACUUCUCCGAAUCAGAGUUCAUCGGGGAGCGGGACGAGCAGAACAAUCCGCUGCCCUACAAGCCCGGCACCUUCCAGCGACCCUCGCUGAGCGUGGCCGUGGACUUUAACGAGCACGACGUGAUGACGCCCAUGCCCAUUGCCCAGGUACUGGGCAAUCCCGAGCAGGAGUGGGAGUGCCGCAACAUCCUGAAUGCGGGCAGUCUGCUGGGCAAGUCCUGCCAGGCAUCGCUGAAGCUGGCCGGCCAGAGCGAGGAGCUGCAGCGCCAUGCGUAUCGGUUUGGCAAGCAUCUGGCCCUCGCCUGGCAGGCCUGCCUGGACGCGGAACCAUUUCAGUGUCCCACACUGCCGCUGGACGCCACCUUCAGCCUAGUCAGUGCCCCGGUGCUGUUCCACCUGGAGCACGAUCCCAGCCUGUACGCCCAGCUGGAGCAGGGCAAGCAGUCUGUGGACAACAUUGACUAUGAAAAGAUCCACAAGGCCGUCCUGGCUGGCCCCGCCCUGGCCAAGACCAAAGAGCUGCAGCGGAAGCACACGGCGGCCGCUCUGGCCGUGCUGCAGCAUUUUCCGGCCACAGACGCGCGACAGGCGCUGGAGAACAUCAUUCUGGCCAUGCAGGAUCUCUGACCAGCAGCGGGCGCACCAUAAUUUCCACGGGUUCAGGUUCUAGUUAAGUCAUAUUUAUCACCUCAUCCUUAAGGCCACUUCUACAUUGGGUCACCACAUUAAAGCGGGACGGUUCACAUA